UGUUUAUUUAUUUAUAAUCGCUCACUCUCCGCUCUGCCUGCCUCGCCCCCGUCCGUCCUUGGACUCACAUAUCACUCCGUCCCCGCAGACUGCCACCGCUGCUCCUCCCUGCUGCUUCUUCGUCGCCUGUACCAGCCGAGUGCGGGGGCGUCCCUGCCCUCCUCCACCCCACCUCUCCAGUUCGUCGUCUCCAGUCUCCACCGAGGCGGGGGCGGCGCGGCCGGGGGCUUCGCUCCGCGAGGGAGGGGGAAGGGGAUGGAGGGGAUGGAGGAGGCCAACAGGGCGGCGGUGGAGAGCUGCCACCGGGUGCUGGCGCUCCUCUCCAACCCGCGCGGCCAGCUCGUCCCCAACAAGGAUCUCGUCGCGGCGACGGGGGAGGCCGUCGGCAAGUUCGGCUCCCUCACCGCCAAGCUCUCCAACUCCAACGGCAAUGGCCUCCAGGGCCACGCCAGGGUCAGGAAGAUCAAGAAGCCCCUGCCCAUCUUCGACAGCAACCUCUUCCUGGAGAGCUCUGCGGUGGCCGUCGCCGCUGCCACUCCAGCCAAGGCGCCCAGCGCGAGCCCGAUCACUGGCCUCCAGCUGUUCCCGAGGUACCAGAUGGAGGGCUCGUCGUCAAAGGAUCCUAUCAGGAUCCAUACCCAGUUCCCCAAGAGGUUGAUGCUAGAGAACCCGGCUGCUGCUUUGGAGGGGCCAUCUUCGCAGGCCCCUCCGGUCCAUAUGGUCCAGCCGGUGUCCGUCGCGCCCCCAGCGGGGACGCCGACACCGGCAUUGCCUGCAGCACACCUUCAUUUCAUCCAGCAGCAGCAGAGCUACCAGAGGUUUCAGCUCAUGCAGCAGAUGAAGAUUCAGAACGAGAUGAUGAAGAGGAGCAUUGGGGAUCAGGGUGGUAGCUUAAGUGGCGGUGGCGGGGGUGGUGCUAAGGGGGUGAAUCUCAAGUUUGACACCUCGAAUUGCACGGCGUCAUCGUCUCGCUCGUUCCUUUCAUCUCUGAGCAUGGAAGGGAGCCUUGCGAGUUUGGAUGGAAGCCGGGCCAACAGGCCUUUCCAGCUAGUUAGUGGCUCUCAGGCAUCUAGCACGCCUGAGCUGGGCCUUGUGCAGAGGAAGAGGUGCACUGGUAGGGAGGAUGGGAGUGGUCGGUGCGCAACUGGGAGCCGGUGCCAUUGCUCGAAGAAAAGGAAGCUGAGGAUAAGGAGGUCCAUCAAAGUCCCUGCAAUAAGCAACAAGGUUGCAGAUAUACCAGCUGAUGAGUUCUCAUGGAGGAAGUAUGGGCAGAAGCCCAUAAAGGGAUCCCCACAUCCUAGGGGUUACUACAAGUGUAGCAGUGUGAGAGGCUGCCCAGCAAGGAAGCACGUCGAGAGGUGCGUCGACGACCCCUCGAUGCUGAUUGUUACCUAUGAAGGCGAUCACAACCACAACCGAGUGGUAGCCCAGCCAGCCUGAUCUUUCAGGCUAUCAGUUGAAGACCUGCUUCUAUAGCCAUCCUCCCUACCUAGACAAGGGAGGACAAAAACAACAACAACCAGAAGAAGAGACUAGUGUCUGUACAUAUGUUCUGCUUCUAACAGUUGGGGAGGGGGGGAGAGUCAGUUAGCUAGCUCUUUCAGAAGAACCAAUGGCGAAAGAAGGAAACUUAUGGUGCAGGUGGUCGGUGGCGAAAGCCGAAAGGAGUGUUAGUUCCUCAUCAAAGACUCAUAGUUUUGUAGCUUUGAUUUCCCUUUUGUGUUAAAAUGCUGUGCUAGGAGGGCCCAUCCUGUGGUUUUGCAGCGCGACAUUGAGCUGCAGUUGUAUGUCUGGGGAUGGUGUUACUGUGUUAGGGGAUUGGAUCCGAGAAGAAGGCAUAAGGCAGGGAAGUGCCUGUAAAAGUUGCUACACCUAGGAACAGAAUGUACCCUCAUCUUCAGUCGGUGGUACAAUCUUUGUUGAGGCAGUGGGUUUGGUUUGGUC